AUGAGUUUAGCUUUUGUUUCAGGGAAAGACUCAUUGCCAGUUGAUCUUCCUAAGCCCAUUGAAAAUGAAAAAACUGUGGAAGUUGUGCACUCCAAUGUGAAGCCAUUCAGUGUGCAUCCACUGCCCUUGGCAAAGACUUCUGAUGUGCUCACAACAUCCUCAAAUGGUUCUGAUGAUUCAAAGGAAGAGAAAACCCAGUACUAUCCAGACAAGGAAAUCAAGCGCAGAAAACGACAUAGAAGAAAGCAAUACGUGGAUCAAGAGCCAUGCAUUAUGAGGGGGGUUUAUUUCAAAAAUAUGAAAUGGCAGGCUGCCAUAAAAGUUGACAAGAAACAGAUUCACUUGGGUACUGUUGGAACACAGGACGAAGCAGCCCGGCUUUAUGACAGGGCUGCUUUUAUGUGUGGAAGGGAGCCAAACUUUGAGCUUUCUGAGGAAGAAAAGCAGGAACUACGGAAGUACACCUGGGAGGGCUUCUUAGCAGUGACUCGCAACACGAUAACCAGCAAAAAACAAAGGAAAGUUGAGUCGCUAAGGCGUAGCAAGGCAGACCUGUUCAUGGGAUAG